UGAGGCAUAAGGGUUAAGCUUAGAAUGAUACCUGGCACAGACUAGAAAUUUAGAUAAGUUGUAGUUAAUUGCUCCAUCCACAAAACCCGCUCCAGUUUCCAGUAUCUAGGUGUCUGAGAAUGUUGCUUGGCUAGUGAAGAAUCGGAGGAAAAGGGGAGGGAGAGACGCGGAGGGGGUGAGUAGGCCAUUCUCCGGUUUAUUAAGCAUUUCGACAAAGAACGCUGUUAGAAUUUUGACAGAAUCACUUUGGGUAGACUUGACCUCCUGACAGUAUUUUAGUCUUCCAGUCGGUUAGCAUAGAUGUUCCGCUUUAUGCGGAAAUGAUGUGGAGCUGUGAGAGGGCUGAGACCCGGAACAAAGAGACCAACUAGAAGGAGUUCCUACUACCAUUUUUUUUUAAACUAAAUUAAUAUUAAACAUUGUGCUGGCAUUAACCAUACUGGUUUCAAUUCAGUGCAUUAAUGUUUUACUUUUCCUAUUGUCAAGUGGGCCCAGGCCUCCGCUACCCCACCUUUAGUUGAUUCGGGGUUUAGCCGACAGUUGCUGCUUCAAAGGGGGUAGAGGCGUGUUCUGACCCUUUGUAUAACCUCUCUGGGGCAGAUUAAUUUGCCAGAGAUGGCAUCCAAUCCUAACUCCAUUUUCUAAUUUUCUGUAGAUUCAGUUCUUUCUUAGGAACAUUAAACAGCAAGUUAGCAUACCUUUAGAAUAGUGAUUUUGCGUUUAAUAGAGAAUUUGAAAGCAUUGCAUGUUCCAUUUAUUGCAGUAACGUGAAAUACAUACUUCCAGGGAUUUUGGUGUUACUUACUUGACAAAGAACAGUUACUGACCAUGGCUUGUUAUUUCCACACACUCCCCACCCCCCAAAACUGGUGGGAAAUAAUUAAUAUUUGGUGCAUAUUGCAGAGGUUUCAAGUCUAUAAAUAGCAUUUGACCAAAGGAUUCAUGGGAAACCAGUGCCAGAAGAUACAGCCGUGUUUUACUUCUCUAAACUUGGCUUUCUAAGCUAUAGACAGACCGACUCAUCUUCCACCACCACACUUACAAGGCCCAACUUUAGGUGUGUGAUGAGACUAAUAGUUUCUGCCUUGGCCUUGGGAAGCAUUUGUUCUCUUUCUGUGACUUUGAGAGUCCUAAACUGUGUCUUAUCACAUUCUGCAAACUCUUGGCUAAACACAUUCACUUCACAGCAUGAAUCUCUAAAAAGGAGGGCUUGCUCAUAGGUGGAAAUGAGAGCAUUUUCUUACUGCCUUUGCCAUUUGUUUCAGGGAUAGUCUGAGAGUGCUUCCGUUUAGUACCCUUGUGUUUUGAUUUGCUAAACCUGUGGGAAUGCAGUAUACCGGAAAUGGGUUGGCUUUUACAGUGGUGAUUUAUUAACUUAAAAUUUACAGUUCAUAGGCCAGGAAAAUGUCCAAAUGAAGGCAUCAACAGGAUGAUACCUGGACUCUGAAGACAGGCUGCUGGCAUCUGGGACAUCUCUGUCACAUGAGAAUGCACAUGGCUGGCAUCUGCUGGGCCUCUGCUCUGGGUUUCAUUGCUUUCAGCUUCUGGUUUCAGUGGCUUCUAUGCGUCCUCUGGAGCUUUGCUCUCUAUGACAAUCAAGUGUCAAACCUGAAACUCAUUGGGUAAUCAUUUCAUCAAGAUCAACUUGAAUGAGCAGGUGAAAACUUUUUGCAAGAGGAAUCUGCUGUGACUGAGUUCUACAAGAGCAUGUAACAAGAGAACUUUUCCUAGUCAUGGGUUCAUGGAAGAUUUUCCUGAGAAAGGAAAUUUGAGCUGAGAUUUGAAAGCCAGGAUGCGUAAAGCAACUCAAACUUCUUUCUUGCCAACUUCUACUUCUUUUUAUUCUACAAAAGAAACUAUGUCUCCAGCAGCCCCUAAAGCCCAGGAGUCCAGUGAAUCGUCAGACAGACUCAUGACCAGUAAACAGCAGGAAGAAGCAGAAUGGGAAAGCAUAAAUGUACUGUUGAUGACACAUGGCUUAAAACCUUUGUCCCUAGUCAAAAGAACAGAUCUAAAAGAUCUCAUCAUUUUUGACAAACAGUCAUCACAAAGAAUGAGACAAAAUUUGAAAACAUUGGUGGAAGAUACAGCACGUCAACAGAACAUGAUACGGGAACUCAUAGAAACUAAUCAGCAGCUUAAAAAUGAACUUCAGCUAGAACAAAGCCGAGCAGCAGAUCAGGAACAACGAGCUAAUGACUUGGAACAAAUUAUGGAGAGUGUAAGAUCCAAAAUUGGUGAAUUGGAGGAUGAAUCCCUAAAUAGGGUUUGCCAACAACAGAAUAAAAUAAAAGAUCUUCAAAAGGAGCAUAAAGCUUUACAGGCAAAAUGCCAGCAUUACAAGAAAAAACGAAUGGAGCAACAAGAUACUAUUGCAUCUUUGCAAAAGGAUAUCUAUAGAUUAACAAAAGAAGAAGAAGAACGCAUUGUCACCCAAAACAGAGUGUUUGCCUGUCUGUGCAAAAGAGUUCCUCAUACCGUCUUGGAUAGACAGUUGCUUUGCCUGAUUGAUUAUUAUGAAACUAAAAUUAGAAAACUUUAUAAGCAAAGGCAAUAUAAAGAAGAUGAAAGUCAGUCAGAGGAAGAAAACGACUAUAGAAGUCUGGAUGCCUCACCAAGUUAUAAAGGCCUUCUCAUAUCGUUACAGAAUCAACUUGAGGAAUCAAAAUCCAAGAUUGAUAAACUUUUAAGUGAAAAACUGAACCUCCAAAAAGAUUUGGAAACCAGGCCCACACAGCAUGAAUUAAGACUUUAUAAACAACAGGUGAAGAAACUGGAGAAAACCCUUAAGAAAAACAUCAAAUUACAGGAGUUUAUCAGCCCAAAAAAGGCUGAGGACACAGAGAAAAAAGAUGAGCCCAGCAAAGAUAUUCAGCCACAGGCCCUAAUUGACCAGAGAUACUUUCAGGUACUAUGUAGCAUUAAUUCAAUUAUUCACAAUCCAAGAGCUCCAGUAAUAAUUUACAAACAAAGCAAGGGAGGAAUCCAACAAUUUAAUAAAGAUCUUGUUCAGGAUUGUGGAUUUGAACAUCUUGUUCCUAUAAUAGAAAUGUGGGCAGAUCAACUGACAUCUCUGAAGGAUUUGUAUAAGUCCUUGAAAAUACUAUCUGCUGAAGUGGUGCCUUGGCAUAAUUUAAAGAAGCAGAAUGAAAAUGAAGGUAUCAAAGUUGAAGACCUUUUGUUUAUAGUAGAUACCAUGUUGGAAGAAGUUGAAAAUAAGGAAAAGGACGGCAAUAUGCCAGACUUUCAAACUUUGCAAGCUAUUGUUUCUCACUUCCAAAAAUUGUUUGAUGUGCCUUCUUUGAAUGGAGUCUAUCCUCGAAUGAAUGAAGUUUAUACUAGGCUUGGAGAAAUGAACAAUGCUGUGAGAAACCUCCAAGAACUUUUAGAACUAGAUAGUUCAACCUCGUUGUAUGUGGUGGUAAAUACAGUUGGAAAAUUGUGUAGGUUGAUUAAAGAGGGUGUGAAUGAACAGGUUAAGCAGGUAUUGGCACCUGAAGACCUUCAAAGCAUUAUCGACAAAUUGGAAGAACAUGAGGAAUUUUUUCCAGCAUUUCAGGCAUUUACUAAUGAUCUACUUGAAAUCUUAGAAAUUGAUGACUUGGAUGCCAUUGUACCUGCAGUAAAGAAAUUAAAAGUACUUUCAUAUUGAAAACAAAUCAAAUCAUUUUUACUGUGUAAAUUGCAUUCUUAGACAUUCUAAAUAUUUUGUAUGAUCUUGAGACAAGAGUUGUGCAUUGUAGUUACCUACAGUAUUCAUUCUCUUCUUAGCUUUGGGUCCUUCUGCAUCCAUUUAAUUUUUAUUAACUUUUGAAAUUCUUAUAUAGAAAACAGUUGCAAUUUAAUUGAACUUUAGAUCCCUCAAUCAUUUCUUAAGCAGUUCUUGUGUGCUUAAAAUUUAAGGUUGUUUUAAAUAAGGUAGGACAUGUGAGUAAAAGAGAAAUUCAGGUAAAGAUAUUGUAAGUAAAAGAAAGGUUGUAUUUAAAUUUAGGUUUUAGUGGCCUUUGGUUCAGGGAGACAGGAAUGCCAGUCCAUCCAGAAGGAAGCUUUUGCUUUCCUGGCAAAGACUAAAUGGCACAUUCUAUUAAGAUAUUCCUUGUGACAGUUUCUCUUUCAAAGCAGGAAGAAGAAAAAGAAGGGCAAAUGUUUUACCGUUUUGUUAGGGUAGGAAAUGAAUCAUGCAGUAAAAUAGAUGCAUAGAUAGAAAUCCCUUAUAAAAAAAGUAUCUUUUUGCAGUCUUAAUUGUAAUGCACUUUUUAUAAGGACAUAAGAAUUUAAAUAAAAUGUUUGUAAAGAA